UUUUUAUCACAAAAUUCAUUCUGGCAAAGCAGUACAGCUGCAAAGUCAAUAAAUAAGCAAGCACACACUUCGUCAAAAAUCGUAACACCGACAACGUGCCAACACCAUAGUUCUCUUAUUUGCUUUCAAUUAAAAAUUUUAACAUAUAAGAAUGUCUACCAACAAGAAGAAGACGAGGAAACUACGUGGACAUGUGAGUCAUGGUCAUGGUAGAGUCGGUAAACAUAGAAAACAUCCUGGUGGUAGAGGUAACGCCGGUGGUAUGCACCACCAUAGAAUCAACUUUGACAAAUACCAUCCUGGAUACUUCGGAAAAGUCGGUAUGCGUAAUUAUCAUCUGAGAAGAGGUUCGAAUUGGUGUAAAGCUAUAAAUAUUGAUCAGCUGUUCACCUUAAUUCCCGAAGAAACCAGACAAAAGUACGCUAAAAAUCAAGAUAAAGCCGUUGUUAUCGAUGUAGUGAAAAAAGGAUAUUAUAAAGUUUUAGGAAAAGGAUUCUUACCUAAGCAACCAGUUAUCGUUAAAGCGAAAUUCUUCUCUAAAAGAGCCGAAGAAAAGAUAAAGCAAGUUGGCGGUUGUUGUGUAUUACAAGCAUAAUUUCUUGUCUUUGAUAAUAAAAAUCAUUUUAUAUCUAA